AGAUGAGAGAGAGAGUGAGACAGAAAGAAAAGUGAUAGAAAGACAAAGUCACUGAGUCAAAGAGCUCUCAUGUCAUUUCUAAACAUUUCUAAACAUAGAAGUGACAUUACAUCAGCUUGUAAAAUUGUCGGUUUGAGCAAAGAAACUCUACUGGGAAGGAUCCAAACCACUGAGGAUCUGAAACAACAAUCCUGGAUUUGGACCUGGAAGACCAUCAGAUCAUGGAGAAUGGCAAAAUAGAGGGUACAGGUAAUGACAUAGAUGCCAUAGACCUUCAGUUGCAGGCAAUGUGGAUGGAGCUAAAAUCAGGAGUUGGAAGCGUGGUUGAAGAUUUUUCCACCUUACGGCAAACCUACAGCCGACUGGAGGAGAAAGUCUCCACUUAUCAGCAAGAAACUAAUGACAAGAUCCUGUCUCUCAGAAACACACUGAACACAAUACAGGAAGACAUGAGUACAGCUCAAACGCAGCUCUCUGAGGUCCGGAGCAACCAAAAAGACCUACAGAGGGACCUGGAUCUCAUGCAGAGCACACAACACAGGAAAGGCUCAAGAGGGUCAUUGGAUGGCCACGCCUCUCUGACCAGCCAAACAGAACUCAGUCUCAUUCAGCAUUACAUCAGUAGCCUGUCAGCCAAUCCGAACUCUUUUCCUGAGCAUGAUGGUCAAAAGAAGUCUCCAGUUUGGAGGGAGAAAAAAAACAGCCGAGAUCUGAAAGAACAAAACAACUCUACUAUAACUCAGAGGCAGACGGCAGCACUAGAGCUUUUGGAGUCUGAAAGAGUGUAUGUGUCAUAUCUCUCACUCCUGUUAAAGGCCAACAUCAGUUUUAACGGCUCAGAGAACAUCAACCUCAAAGAUAAACGGCCUUUUCCUCCCUCUCUGCGUUUCUUGAUUCAGCAGCAUCUGGAACUUCUGCACCUCCUCCAAGAGAGAGUUCUUAAGAGCCACUGGCAAGGCAUCAUGGGAGAUGUCUUUUUAAGGCUAACCAGCAAAGAAAGUGAUUUUCUGGACCAUUAUGUAUCGUAUCUACGGGACUUGCCAGAAUGUUUGACGGUUGUUAGUCUGUUUACCUCUUCAAAAUCAGGCAGCUUACUGGAGAGUGACAUCACAGGAGAUGAGACACGUCCGUCGCUGCACUCUUUGCUUUUACAGCCUGUACAACGUAUCCCAGAAUACCAUACACUCCUGCAGAGUCUUCUGCAGCAGACAGAGUCAGAGCAUCCAGACUAUUACCUGUUACUUGUGUCUGUGCAACAACUUCGAACUUUCAUGACCCAGUACAGCCAUUUACUGCAGCACAACCAGGAGCUCCUCACACACAGUCAUGCCCUGCGUGAAAACACACACAACCUGUGUACACACCAACAGGAGCGACCCUCACACACCCGAAAAGAGCUAAGCAGGUCUACAGUGAGACAACUGUAUAAAGUCGACUAUGAGAAAAAUUACAGCAGCAACAGUGCACAAAAUGAUCCCUCUCGACGUAACAAACGCUACCCUGACUAUGAAGCGGUGCCCUAUCACUACGAUCCAGAAAUCCCGUCCCCUGUCUCCUUCUUGUCCGACUCUGACACACGCCACAAAGCUGUCUCAGUUCCUCUGCGCAGCAUUCCAGAGACGGAGGGAGCAGGAUCUGCCCUCUCUGAUGCUCUGGGUGCACUCUUUCCCUACGGAACCGGAGACUAUCGCUGCUCAAGCCCGUCUCAUUCCUCUGACUCCAGCAUUGAUAUUGCCUUUGUGCGCUGUAGUCCUUCCAAUAGCCCACCUAGACAAUCCCACAGUAGGGGGCGAAGUGCUGGGGGUGUGGUUUAUAGGCCCAACAGGGCCUGUGUGUCACCUGACUCUGCAGACAUUGUGAGACCACGCCCUCUACAGGCAGUCCAGAGAAAGAGCAAAUCACUGAAUGGCCUGCAAAUGGACAGUAUUGAUAGCCACACCCACCAGACGAAAACCCCCACCCACCCGAGGCUGGAGCGUCAGUCAAGUGGCAAAUCAAGACUGAGACCCAGCAGUCCAAAACACAGAUACGAGACACACACUGACACAGAGGAGCAGCCACGACUAAUAAAUCAAAAGGAUCCUAGAAGCCUGGUGUGGGAGGAGCUCAAAUUGAGGGGUGUGUCUGAUGACUAUGACCACACCCCCUUGAGUGAACGUGGUAGGAAAGAAGGAAAAGGAUUUAGGAACUCCUUCAAAAAACUCUUUAAGAAAAAGUCUAGUGGUGAUGGAAAGGAGAAGACAACAGUAAAAGCUGAGUGUCAAAGCAGUGGAGAUCUGGAGUCCACCAAAGCCCCUCACACAGGAGACAUUGACAGAGGAACUGCUGUUUAAACUUACUUAAAUUAGUGGUUCUCAACUAGUUUUGCUUCAGGGCAUAGAUUCAAGGACCCUUGAUGUUGAUGAACAUCAAGGGGUGAACCAACACACUUUUUGGUCUUUAGUGUGUGGUCUCUAAAUAUCUCUUGAAUGUCGAUAGUUUAACGCUUUCAGCAACCAGCAAUUCACAGAACAAAACAUGUUGUGGUCGGCACAAUGUUUAUUCUAGUUGCAAGUGAACCUAUGUUUAACAGGUUUCUUUUGUGGUUUAUUACACACAAGCCGUCCAAAUGACAGAUACAUUUGCGUCAAAAUACACAUUUGAUUGGAAGCAAAACCUUUGCAAUCAGCAACAAAUGGGAAGUGUUUUCUCCUUCCUUUUAGGAUUGUUAGAAUAGGGCUAUGGCACAUUCUUUGGUCACAACACCAGUUGAGAACCACAGUAUUUCUCACAAAACACACUCAAAAGAACAGAAAAUGAGCUAAAGCUGCUUGAUAAAAUCACUGAACGUUUCUGACAUAGCACACAAAACGUUAUGCAUAAUAAAUCAAUUUUUGGGCAGAAUUUUGAGAAACAUCUUGCAUUGUUGAUGCAAGUAUAUACUCAAACAUAUAAACAAAUAGGCACACUUAUUCAUCUCUUGUUCAGUUUGGGCUGCGCUGACAGAAUGCAAAACUAUAUCUGAUAAAAUGAUAAACGAUAUAAUAACUAUUUAAUAACUCAAUUUAACUUAAUUACAAUAAUUACUCAUAAAUAAAAAUGUUAUAAAUACAUGAUGUAUACUUUCUAAAUAAAAUAAACAAAUAAUAAAAAAAUCAAAUGUCACAUGUAUAUACAUUUAAAUGGAACGUAAAUGGGAAUAAAGCAAAAAUAGUAAUAUUUUAAGAUAAAAUAAUUCUUGAGUAUAAAUGUGUGUAUGUAUAUAUGACAAAAAUAACACCAUUCAGUUGCAUUUGAUCUUUUUCACCUUGGUUUAAUGUGUUAAAUCUCAUAAAAGAGUUUCACAUUUGAAACAAAAUAUUGGCUUUAUACAGUCUGUAAAACUCAAAUUAUUUUACACUAUAUACAAGACAUGUGCAUCACAUUACACAAGAGAACAAUGCUGUAGUGGACAUGGAGUAGUUUGACACACGCUAUGUACUUAAAGCAUCCAAAAUCACAUUUGUGACUCUUUUAAACAUAACAAGUAAAGGUUACUGGAGAUUAGGCUCAGACAUGGUUUCAUUCGGGUCUUGACAAAAUCAGGACCAUGGACCAUGUGACAAGACCAGGGUUCAAAACUGUCGUUACUCUAUAGAUACUCUAUUUGAAGUAGUGUUUUUUUUUUCUUUAUAAUGGCGCAUGAUCUUAUGUAAAGUUUUUAAAUGCAUGUUAGAGGUAGAGACGACAUGCUAAAUUUGCGCAUUCAGCUAAACAAAACAAAACA